AAAUCCUCCAAACUCCAUCCCAGCACCACUCUACAAGUCCAACUACCGCUAGCUCUUGACCAUGGCCGCAGCAAAGUACUCGCGCCGCCCCAGCUACCUCGAAGGCCCACUGUCUCCAUCUAUAAUCCCCGAUCUGGCAAUUCUGCCGCAGCCCCUCCCGGCCAACGAUGUCGCGUGCGGACAGCUAGUCUCCAAGACAUCUAAACACACUCCCAAGGCACUCGAAGACCGUGACUACGACGACAUUGGCACACGAUGGUACAAGGAUGUCAUCUUCUUCAACUCAGAGAACGGCCACUUUGUCGAGAGCUUCGGCGGCACGCACCUAGUGCAGAAGCCUCUCGACAAGGGUCUUGAAGCCGGCACCAUUGAGGCCGAGGAGCAGAGCGUGCGGCUGCUGAAAGACGCAGAGGCAGCUCUGAACAAGGUGUGGAAGGACGAGGAGUCGCGGAAAUGGAUCCAAGACCAACCCGAGGCCGGCUUCGUCGUCGCCCACCGCCAGGUCGCCAACGCCAGCUACAGACGUGCGCGUCUCGUUGAUGUCGGCAACAACAACUGGGAAGUUGUACGCGAGAUUGGCGGCGAGGACACGUCGGGUAAGCGACGCGACUCGGGUCUGCCCAUUGAGACCAACAGCAAGUGGGAUGUUGUCGGUGUUGUCGUCAGGAAGAUUGUCGUCGAUGGUGACAAUGUCAAGCUAGGCGAGGAGCUGGGUGCUCAAUACUGCAAUUGAGCACCCGAUGUGUUUACGCAGACAUGGCCGGGUUUGCCUGGUGAUAUAUAUUUAAUGGAAUAAUAACGGUUCAAUCUUGA